AUGGCACAAAAACUUGUUGAUUUAAUCAAAAAUAAACUUGGUGAUGAUGAAAUAUAUGGACAAGAAAUAGACGAUAGAAUUAAUAUUGAAGACUUAAAAAAAAUUUAUGAUUCGAUCAUUGAUGAAUAUAAGAGUGUAGGUGAUAACGAUAAAGUUCAUGAUGAUGAUCAACGUACAAGAUAUUUGAUUUCAAUCAUAACAAGUUUACAUCGAUUAUCUAGAAAGAUAUUAGCAAAUAAAAUCUUAUUAGAUCAUGAAUUAUAUGUAGUUAUAUGUAAUAAAUUAAGUGAUACACUAGUUCAAUGGAAGAAUGAACAGAAUUUGAACGAAAUUAAAUCAGAAUAUUUUCAGAAUAUUGUUCAAUUAUUUAGUAAAUUAACAUAUUGGAGCGGUGCUGGUGAAAAAGAAACAAUAGAAAAAAUUGUUUUGGACGAAAAAUUUGUAAAACCAAUUGAACUAUGCCUUUCUUCUAUAAGUGAGAACGAUUCUUUGUUAUUCAAUAAUAAUAUGAAUAGUAUUCACAAUUUCUCAAACUUAAUUCGAAAUAUGGAAUUUUUUUGCGAGUAUCAAUCAAUGGACAAAUCACAUCUAAUUUUAUUAACAAAUUCUAUAAUGAAUUAUAUUUAUAUUAAUUAUGAACCUAAUUUAAUUUUGUUUGAUCUUGAUUACGAUAAAGGUAUCAACAAAAAAACUCUUAAUCAAGAUCAACAAGACAUGAAAUAUGAUCUGUUGUCAAGCUGUUUAGAAUACUUUAGAUUUUAUUGUGGUAAAGAUAGAGAUGAUGUAUGCCAGCAAUUUAUGGAUAAAUCAUUUGAAAAAUUAAAGCAAAUCAUAGAAUAUGCUGCCAAACGAAUUCAAGAAUGGACUGGAAGAAUUACUGCGAGAAUACAGUCUAACGUUAUUGUGGUAUUAAAUAAUUUUUGUCUAUAUGAAAGUUGUCUAUCAAUUAUAUCCCACGAUGAUAUUAUUAUUCAAAGUUUAAUUAGUAUUAUUUGUAAUAUGGAUUUAUAUAAUCAAGUUGAUCCAGAAAGUUCUUGUGGCUCUGCAUCAGAUUUAAUUAAUGACAUUUCACAUGUUUUACUUGAAAUGAUAAAAGAUAAUAAAGAAUUGUUAAUUAUGUUGAAAAAUCAUAAAACAGUGAAGGAAAAUCUUAUUGGUCGUUGUUUUCCAAUAUGGGCUUUUAACGUUCCAUCGCUUAUAUCUCAAAUUUUAACUGAUGAUGAAAUUAAAAAUUUACUCAAUAUAAAAUCAUUAACAGAAUCAUUAACAUCUUUUCUUAUCAAUUAUAGUGAACAUGGAGGUACACAACGUUUUAGUAAUGAUGUUCUCAAUUUUUUAACUGGAUUAACAGCUCUUGCUGUACAUGAAGAAGCUCGAAAAGAAUUCGUUCGACUUGAAGGUUUAGAAACAUUAAUAGGAUGCACAAUAAUCAAUUAUGAACCUGAUCCUUUCAAUCUACCACGAAAAUUUAUAAAUCCCAAUACCAUCAGAUCACGUUCAUUAGAUCUUUUAUGGGUAUUGGUACGUGAUAAAGAGGUUGCAGCAGCAAUUAAAUCUAUGCGUCCUGAUAUUAUUCAACAUUUACAAGAAAAAAUCAGUAAAGAAAAUAAAACAAUAGCCCAAAAUAUUAUUCGGGAAUUACAAGAAAAAUCUGAAAUAAUCACUGAAAAAAAUCUUGAUGUGAAGAGCAAGAAACAAGCACAAGAAUAG